GUUCCGCCCACCGCAAAAAAGAAAAAGAAACUGAUAUAUUGCACAGAAAUUAAAUUUUUAAUACUUAUAAAAACAUCGUGAAUAUUAAGAACUUUAUACACUGCUCACAUUUUUGUAGUAUAAUUGAAAUUAUAAUGUUGUUAUUGUUGUUAAUAAUUUUCUGAUGUUAGCAUGAUUAUAGGAAGAACAAGAAGAAGAAAAAUACAUGUAUCAAAUCUAAACUAUUUCAUAUACAUUUCACAUGCGAACAUUUCACAUGUAGGCUUUCUAUAAAAUAAUAAGCCCAAGUAAUUUGAUGUUUUUUCUGCACAAAGUUAAAGGGCAAGGCAUCUAUUGUCUUUUAAUCUCCCUCUCUCUCGUGACUUAAGAGUAUAACAUAUGGUUCAGGAUAAUUAAUUAGAUGGUGCCAGUGAUUGUUUAGCUUUGGUUGCCCGGGGUCACAGGAGAGCCGUGAGCUGCCUGAGCGGGGAAGACCCCGCGAAAACUGACGUCAUCAGAGAGAACUCCCCACUAAAUCCAGAAACCAGCAUCCAGGAGACUGCUGCUGUGGACUCACUGCUCUCAGUAGCCUAAAUACGCAGUCGCUGGCCUAACAGCGCGUGUGCAAACCGGCUCUAGUCAGACACUGGAGAUGGUGUCUUUUGAGAACUGUGAAGGUGGUUUCGACAGUGUUUUCAAAAGGAGCCGAAUGAACGUCGCCUCUCCUUCUCCAGAAACUCUCACGCUGGCUCAACAGCGCCAAACUGCUCGGAAUAGAAAACAGAAACUCGUGUCCAAAUUAAGAGACUCUGGUUUUGAAGAAGAUUUGGCAUGCUCCCCGAGUUCAUCCCCAGCUAAGAAUGAGAUUUCCCUGCUCAUGUCACAAAAACCUGUUGCAGGGCAACUCUGCAGCUGGUACCUUCAGUACGGAGACAUCGGGUUUAUGAUCCAAAGGGAGAAAGAGGCGCAGUUUCAUCCCUGCAAAAGCCUGGCACGCCAACCGCAAUUGACCGCAGAGGCCCGCUGUAAGCUGGUCAGCUGGCUCAUCCCUGUGCACAAACAUUUCCGUCUGUCUUUCGAGUGUUGCUGCUUGGCUGUGAACAUCAUGGACAGGUUCCUGGCCUCCACACCUGUUGCUGCUGACUGCUUCCAGCUCAUUGGUGUCACCGCACUUCUCCUAGCCAGUAAACAGGUGGAGGUCUGCUCACCACGAAUCAGCCAUCUCUUGUCAUUGUGCUGUGAUGUGUUCACCAAAGAGCAGCUCUGCAACCUGGAGUGUCUCAUCCUGCUUCGUCUUAACUUCCGCCUCUCUGCACCCACCCUGGCCUUUUUUCUAGACUAUUACACCAACUGCAUCGAGGCUUCACAGCUAGUGACUGGGAACAAAGGUGAUGACAGGAUUUCAAGGAUGAAUCCUGACACAAAAAUGCCCAGGCAGUGCAGCAACCUUGCACAAAAUGUUUGUGAGCUGACUCUUGCAGACUAUGCUUUCAACAAAUACCCUCCAUCACUGACUGCCAGCUGUGCACUGAGUGUAGCUAGUGAGUUACUGAAAAGUAAACAAGGUCUUCCUGAGCAUGAAACCAUCCAUUCACACGAAGUUCAGUGGGACAGUUUUGUGGAUGAACUAUGCUCACAGUCAGUUUCUUUUCAGCCAACAGGCAAUUCUCAGCAUUAUGAGGGAGACUCACUAGCAGUGAAGGAUGACAGCUACAAACAGAGUCUAGUGCAGGAAUGCAAAGACAACCUGAAGCUGUUGGUGUCAUUAAACCUGGAGACAUUGGAUGUGAUGUCUACUAUGUGACUACAUGAGUGUGACUAUUUUGAUAACAGCAAUUUAAAUUCCCCUUUAAUUGUGGGUUAUAGUGUUAUAUCUUAAACAAAGAAGUGAGGAUAAGAUAUCUAUUUGGGGGGUUUUGGUGCUCAGAAUUCUUGUGUUUAUGCAGACUUUUACUUAUACAUACCUCAUAGACAGUCAACCGUUUACAGCUACAGGAUGCUUAUGAUUUAGCAUUGCUUUUUAUUUAUUUAAGAUAAUUUACUAUAUAAUUAUGAAGUAUAUUGAAAUAUAAUUUUUAUUUUUCAUUAUUUUUAACAAAAAGUCAGAAUCCUCUGUAUGCCAGUUUAUUUGUUGUGGGUUUAUGAGUUUUGUUAGUUUUGGAACAUCUUUAAUGAAGAAAAAUGUGUUGUAAUGAAUUGAUUGCUACAGUUAAUUAAAAUCAUCUUCAAACGCAUUUGUCCCGGUUUCUAAACUUAUUGUGAUUCAUUGCAACUUAUGUUUACUGUUGAAAUAAAUCAGCUAUAAGCAAGAUGUGCCACACGAAGUGUGAGCUACCACAAAGAAUGCAGCUAAAAUAAUUUUG